GAUUUGCAAUUAAACUGAGAAUUGUUUCUAUAAACAAAGCGAAACUUGGUGUGAAACAAUGGCGUCCUCGGAUCUUAUUGGCAAGCUUGAGACUGAUGUCGAAAUCGAUAUUUCUCCCGAAAAGUUCCACCAUAUGUGGUGCCACAGGCCGCACCAUGUCCACCACACUAGCUCCGAAAAAGUACAAGGAUGCGAUUUACAUGAAGGUGAAUUUGGAACUCCCGGCGUCGUUAUCUGCUGGAGAUAUGUGCAUGAUGGAAAGGCUAAAACUGCAAAGCAGGUAGUUGAAGUUAUGGACCAUGAGAAAAAGUCAAUAACUUUCAAAAUGCUUGAAGGAGAUCUGAUGGAGGAAUACAAAAGCUUCGUGAUUACAAUCCAAACUUCCCCCAAGAGCGACGGUAAAGGCAGUAUAGUGCACUGGACUCUGGAUUAUGAAAAGCUGCACGAGGGUAUUGGACAUCCUGAGUCUCUGCUCCAGUUCUUUAUCGAACUCACCGCCGACAUGGCUGCUCAUCUCCGCAAGGAAACUUAAUUAAUGGAUAGACCAUGGCAAGAAAAUCCCAUGUCGAAUCGUCUGCUAUUACUAUUACUAUCAGUACUGAUCUAAGAAUAAAAUUAGCAGCUUUGUACUGUGUUUUCAUUUGAAUAUUUGAAUGUUAGGUUUGAUUAUGCUGUUAUGAGUGGGGGCGCGCAGCGUUCUGUGUUUAUGUAUUAAAUCUACUAUGUGCUUUUAUUUGUGUGAUAUUAUUUAUAUAUGGUUUCAUAAUGUCUUUCUAUAA